UACAUGUUGAAUCUUGUUUAAUUCUGAUACUAUGUUUAAUAAACAAGGCUCGAUCGAGAGUGUGACUCUGCCUAAGCACAAGAAACAAAAGAUCAAAAACAUGGGUUCUCCCUAGGUGUCUAGGGUUUUCACUCCGACGUGUGUUGUCAGCCGCUGCAACUCAUUCUCGUUCGUGAUUACCUCUUUCAGGCUCCCAUUUUCGUUUCUCAGCAUGGCCAACGAAGUGGACGAGCUUUAUGCUCGCCUUUCCCUUGAGGAUGAUGACGCGGAGGGCGUCGAUAUAGAUGAGGCUUAGCUUUGACGGAGAACGCCAUAGUGGCGGCACCGAUGUGUCUGGUGGGGAAGCUCUUGACGGAUAGAAAUAUCAAAUUCCCUUUCUUCCGAGACACCAUGGCAGAUGUCUGGAGGCCGAACAAAGGUGUCUACAUCCGUGAAAUUGAGGACAGAAGGUAUAUAUUCCAUUCUAUGAUCAAUUUGAUUUCGAACGAAUACUGGUCGAUGGCCCUUGGUGUUUCGAAAGCUCGCUUUUGAUCCUUCAUAAACUGGAAACAAACGAAAACCCUAAAACGGUUCUGUCGGAUUACGUUCAGUUUUGAAUUAGAGCUUAUAAUCUUCCUCUUGAGUUGUAUACGCAGAAAAUGUGUAAAAUAGUUGGGGAUCAGGUUGGUUCAUUUGUGCUUGCCGAUGAAAAAAACUUUGCACGAGGAUGGAGGGAAUACCUUCGGUUAUUCGGGUUUCCCUUGAUGUGAGAGUUCUUCUCAAAAGAAAAGUUACUCUCAAACGAGGGGGGAACCGAUCCGGGUGGACAUAAAAUAUGAACGUUUGCCUCAUUUUUGUUUUAUAUGCGGCCUUACCAAUCAUGUUGAUCAUAUGUGUUCAUGGCGAUUUGAGUUUGAGAAGACUGGGAGGGAGAAACCUUUCGGAUCUGGGCUACGUGUCGUUUCCAACAGGGGAAGCAUGAACAGGGGGACUAAAUGGCUAGUGAACGGUGAAGGCAAAUUUAUUCAUGGGGGGGGGCACCCUCGACCGGCAGUAGGGCAGUGACAGUUCAUGAAGAGGAUCCAGAAGUGGAAAUUUCAUCUCAUGGUGAGGGUUCACUGGCAAAGAAGAGAAAGGCAGGUAGAGACGUGACAGUUGAUGGAAAUGUAGGGGGGCAGGGUAUGGAUAUCUCAUUUUCAAAAAAUGGGGCAGCGGCGGGUUCUGGUUCCUAGGCCCGCCGAGAACAAUGAGUUGUCUGAGCUGGAACUGUCGGGGGCUUGGCAACCCUACGAUAGUUCGGCUGUUGGUGGAUGUGGUCCACUAGAAGCGGCCAUCCGUGGUCUUUUUAAUGGAAACUUUUUCUGAUGACAAUAGGGUUGCAAGUGUGAUGCGUAAGAUCGGUAUGGACUACUCUUUUGCGGUGGCGAGUGAGGGUCAUCGUGGAGGUCUUGCCCCUUUCUGUAGGGAGGGUAUCCAGGUUCAGAUUGUCAAUUCUUCUAAUCAUUUUAUUGACUUGCAAAUAAGUUUGGAGGAGGGAGCGCCAUCAUGGCAUUUUACGGGGUUCUACGGCUGUCCGGAGAGAACAAGAAGACGGGAAUCUUGGGAUAUUUUAAAAUCCCUUAGUUUGGGCAUCGAUCAACCAUGGUUGGUCAUGGGAGAUUUCAAUGAUUUAAUAUUUGCCACCGAGAAGAGAGGUCGAGUUCUCCAUCCUCCGUGGUUACUCAGGGGUUUUCGUGAUUCCGUGUGGGCGAGCGGUUUGAGGAAUUUUGCUUUUAAAGGCUAUCAAUGUUGGAGAGGGUCUCCAAACUGGGUGGAGGAGAAAUUGGACAGGACUUUGGUGUCAAAGAGUUGGUUGGAUAUUUUCGGUGCAGCGGAAGCGGAAUCUCUCGAAGGAGCACCCAGUGAUCACCUGGCUAUUUUUAUUAAAUUGAUCCCCGCGUAGCUUAUCCGACGUAGACGGAAUUUUAAAUUUGAAAAUGUUUGGUUGAGGGAGGCGGAAUGUCCUGAGAUAGUGGUGUGUAGCUGGGGGACUUGCCGUAGUUCAGGGAUUAUGGGUCAAGUGUCUUUAUGUGGAAAGGCCAUUGCGGAUUGGGGCUUCAAUAAAUCUCGCUCUUAUGGUAAACAUAUUAAUUUUUGUCGGAAAUUGGAUUCUUGGGGAAUACUUGAGUUCCAGAGGGUCAAAGAGGAAUAUCUUGAGCUUUUGGAGAAGGGGAAUAUCUUUUGGAGACAACGAGCAAAAGAGUUCUAGUUUCAGGGGGUGAUCUCAAUACACGAUACUUUCAUAAUUCAGUGAAAAGCAGACGGCGCAAGAAUAAAAUGGAGCGUUUUGAGGCUCGAGGAUGGACGAUGGGAAACAGACAGGGCUGACGUGGGGAAGCUUAUUGGGGAUUAUUUUAACAACUUGUUCGCUGCAGGCAACGGUGGGGCUGAUUUAGUGUAUGGUUGUGUGCAUCGCCAGAUUUUUGAUUCGCAUAAUCAAUUUCUUAUGGGUCCCAUUCGCAGUGAGGAGGUGAAAGAGGCUGCCUUUGUUAUGUUUCCGGACAAAUCUCCUGGACCGAAUGGUUUCAGUCCGGGUUUUUACCAGCAUUUUUGGGAUGUGGUCGGGCAGGACAUUGUGGAGUUCUGCAAGCAAGCUUUUGAGUCAGGUAAACUCCCGGAUUUUUUUAAUCACACUAAUAUUGUUCUUAUUCCAAAGAAAGAUAAACCUGACUCUCUCAGUGACUGGAGGCCGAUUGCACUGUGUAAUGUGAUUUACAAAAUCUUUUCUAAAUUGCUUGCUAACCGCAUGAAAAAAAUCCUACACUUGUGUAUUUAUGCGCAACAAAGCGCUUUUAUACCGGGUUGAU